AUGUCUUUCCUCGUGUCGCCCGCAAGACGGUCCGCCGCUUCCGUCCUCUCUCACCGCGCAUUCUCGACCAGUCGACCUUCUCAGCUCGCCCGCCUAACGCUGGUCGGUCGCCUUGGUGCGGACCCCGAGCUGGUUGAGACCGGCAAGGGACAAAUAGUCAGAUACGUCGUUGGUACAAGUUAUGGUCCCAAGGACAACAGACAAACAUCGUGGUUCCGCGUCGCAAGCUUCGCACCGGAGGGACCUGGCAGAGAUUAUGUGUUGGGCUUGAACAAGGGAACACUAGUUUAUCUUGAAGGUGAUGCCACAAUGCGCACAUUCGAGGACUCGGAUGGCAAGAAACAAAGCGCCUUGAACGUGGUACAGACCAAAGUGGAGGUCCUGAAGAGACAGCAACCUAAAGAGGACGAUAUUGAGACAGACAGUGUUACUGGAAUCGGACCCUGA